CUUUUCCAAUUUUAUUUCCUUUUCCAUUUAGUGGUAUGCUUUGAUGCCAAGAUAAACUUUGAUGACAAUGCUGAGUUCAGGCAAAAAAAGAUAUUUGCCAUGGAUGACAAAUCUGAGAAUGAACCUAUGGAAAAUGAGGCUGCCUGCUACGACUUGAAGUAUAUAGGUCUGGAUGGAAACAUUGCCUGUUUUGUAAAUGGCGCUGGACUUGCAAUGGCAACCUGUGAUAUAAUUUCCCUUAAUGGUGGAAAACCUGCCAACUUCCUGGAUCUUGGCGGAGGUGUAAAGGAAGCCCAAGUGUAUCAAGCAUUCAAAUUGCUCACUGCAGAUCCCAAGGUUGAAGCAAUUUUAGUAAACAUAUUUGGUGGAAUUGUCAAUUGUGCCAUUAUUGCCAAUGGUAUCACCAAAGCUUGUCGAGAGCUUGAAUUGAAAGUGCCUCUAGUGGUCCGACUUGAAGGAACAAAUGUUCACGAAGCCCAGCGCAUUCUGAAUGAAAGUGGACUCCCCAUCACUUCUGCAAGUGACCUUGAAGAUGCUGCUAAGAAAGCAGUGGCUAGUGUGACAAAGAAAUAAAGAGAACUGAUACUAGAGAUGACAUUCCAGAACUGCCAUCAAAGACAUAUUGAGAAUUAUUUUAACCAGCCAGAAUUAUUUUAACCAGCCAUGAGCACUGAGGUUUGGCUUAACUGACCUGUUAAUGACAAACUGUAAAAUAUUCAGUGUGUGAAAAGCAAACUUGGAACAACAUUUAUUAUACAGAGCCUUUAUUUUUCAUUAUUGGGACUGGAUAUCCUACAAGCGAGUGUGAUGAGUAACCACUGUCAGUUGCCAUUUAGGUUUCUCUUUUUAUGUGUUAAUUGCUUGUGACUCCCAAUUUUUCUAAGAUACUUUGAUGCAUCCUUAAUAUGUAGAAGGAUAAUUGAUCAUAGUUGGCCCUUUGUUGGGGAUUGUUAUCAAGAUCUAAGGAACUACAAGGGUGAUUCUAUAUAUUUCAUAUAUAGAAUGAAAGGGAGAUGCCCUUUCCCAUAUCAUAUGGAGAACUUCCAAAAUAGGGAUAUGAUGUGGCAUGGAGACCUGUUAUUUGAAAUAUAAACAGUCAUAAAGUCUAAUUGGGGCAUGCCAGAAAUCUCCAGUGUGUCUACAGUAGCUCUCUGAAUCCCAAUAAAUAUUUAAAGUUUUCUAAUUAGGGCUAGAGUAUCUUUAUAUUAUGUAAUUUGAAAUAAAUGAAUGCCAAUUAGAUUUUUACCACCACCAUUUCAAAUAUAUUAUAAAAUGCAAUGAUUGAUAUCCAACGUAUGGCUCAUAUCAGAAGAACAUUCAAAGUUGUGGUUGUGUGAAAGAGCCAUUUUUAUAUUGUCCUAUGAGUUCUCAUGUGAAUGUUUUAAAUACUAAUGCAGAAAUACACAUCCUAAUGUCAUAUUUGGCAGUAUCUGUGAACAUAUGCAUCCAGUUAAUAUUCACUGUCUUUAGAAAUCAAUAUGUAUAGUAGCUAAAAACAGUAUCUUGAAGAAAUUUAGGGUGGUGAUUCCUUAAGGUAUUUAUGCUGUGAUCCUAAUGUUAUUAAUCAGAAUUAAUAAUAAUAAAAACUAUCAGGGAACCUGUCAUCAGAAAGAAUAUGAAAAAUAAAUUGAGGUAUGCUCCCACCUAAGCACUUUUAUAGUCUGUGAAUUUCAAUGCAAAUGUUCACCAAGUGCGUCAACUUCAUACUGGAGUAAAGUGGAUUUCAGAGUACUUAACUUUAGCUUGAUUGUGCCUUUGAAGUUUGGGAAAUAUGUAUGCACCAAGUGCAAAGGCUAUCAAAUUGAUUCGAUAACCACAUCAAUGUGUUUGUUUAACAACUGAGUUUUGAAAUUCAAAAUACUUGCUGUUGAAAUCAGGAAGUAGGGUUAUAAACAAUGUUAUUCAAUGGACAAGCCAAGAAUUUAUGUUGGCAAGAUUUUUAAUGGUAAAGAAUAUGAACACUUUUUGGUUUACUACAAUUAAAUGCUAUUAUCUAAUAAAUUUCCCUGGGGUUACACAUUUG